AUCUCUCUAUAUCUCUCAGCAACAAAAUGGUGUUGCGGCUGCUGCAUGGACAGAUUACUCUCCUACUUUCCAUUCUUGUUCUGUUUAUUUCAUUUCCAAAUCCAAUCAAUGCAGCCUUUCCAAAGAAGCUAGACGAAAUAAUAGCGGUGCCUCAAGUGCCUGACACUGAAAUGAAAUGUGGAGAAUGUCCUUGUGUGAAUCCAUGCAGUCAGCAGUCAAAGCCUCCGCCACCACCACCGCCUCCUCCACCGAAGAGCAUAUAUUGUAAUCCGCUGGCUCCACCGCCACCACGGUUUGUGUAUGUGACUGGUGUUCCAGGGCAGGGUCAGGGUCAGGGUCAGGGUCAGCCGUACCGUACUGAUGGAGAUGAAUGGCGGUUUUACUCGGCUGCUGAACGGAAUUUGGUUAUGCGUCUAUGGAGUUUGCUUGGUUAUGGGGUGUUGGGGCUCCUCAUGACUUGGUAAGACUUACAUUUCGGGCAUCAGUGAUCUUAAUGUACAAUUCGUUUAGGUUUUAUUAUGUUUUAUCGAUUACGUAGAAUAAAAUUAAUCCAUUAUGUGAAAUCUUAGGAAUUCUCAGGUCAUCAUUAUAUCAAGACUUCAUCAACAAGUAAUUAACAGAUUUUAUUUGCCUGUGUAUUUGCUGCAACGUGGUGACUAUUGUUC